GGUAUAGGUUGGUUCGUUAGGUUGUACUGACUGACUAUCGCGUUUUUUUUUUAUUUAACAAGGAAAAAAAAAAAAAAUUUUCUUUAUUUUUGGUUUAACAACGAAAAAAAAAAAAUCAUUUCCUUUAGAAUAAAUCAUUAUUUUAAUAGGAUAAUGGGAUAUGCAAGUUUAGAUUCGUCACUUUCAUUUCCUGAUAAUAAUCUUCCACCAAAUAAAAAAUCAAUCUUAAUAACGGAUACACUUUCAGCUUCAGGAAAUUUUCUUAUUCAUCAUUUUAUAGUUAAUCAAAUUAAAUCAGAUAAACAUGUAAUAUUGGUUGGUUUUUCUCAAAUAUUUAACCAUUAUUUAACAAUUGGGCGUAAAUUGGGUGUGAAUCUAACUCUCGCUAAUCAAAAAGGAUUAUUAUCUUUUAUAGAUGGAUUAACUUCAUUAUAUUCACAAACAGAUUUAUUUUCAAAAUUUAAUUCAACAGUAACAGCAACAACAACAACAACAACAACAACAACAACCAACAAUCAAACUUCAGUAUUAACUUGUGAUUCACUUUCGGAUUCACCAAUUUCAAAAGAAUCAUUACAUAAUUUUUAUAAAAUAAUUAAACAAAUAAUUGAAACUCGUCAUUCAUCGAUUGAUGAUUCACGUGUUUGUUUGAUUUUUGAUGAUCUUUCAGUAUUAAUAUAUUCGGGAUUUAGUGUAAGAGAUAUACUCGAAUUUGUUAAAGCGUGCCGUAUGAUGAUUGAGAAGUAUAAUGGAUCACUUGUAAUGUUAGUUCAUGCAGACGAAGAUAUAACACAAUCUUCUCUGGAUGAUGAAUUAGAUCAAGAAAUUUUUUUAAAGUCAUUAAUAUACCAAUCAGAAUAUUUAUUAUCAGUUCGAGGAUUAGGUUCAGGAUUUUCAAAAGAUGUAUCAGGCGAAAUAACGAUUGCUCGUGGACCAAGAAAUCAAGAUAAAUGGUUUAGACCUUCGACAUUACAUUAUAAAAUAUUAGAUAAUAAUGUUCAAUUUUUUGUAAAAGGAUUUUCGCAGGGUGUACUAUGAAAAAUAUUAUUACAAAAAAUUUUAAUAAUUAUAUAUGAAUAUAUAUAUUAAUUAAAAAGAUGCCAAACCAUCAUAAAGAAUUAAAUAAAAAUAAAAUAUUAUAAUAUAAUACAUCUGAUGUGUUAUAUACAACUUGAGAAUAUAUAUAUAUAUAUGAAUGUGUAAAAUGUUCUUUUUUUUGAGCGGUAGAUAAAUUAAUGUAUUGAUUAUUAUAUUUAAGCUUUUUUCUUUCCUUUAGAA